AUGACAGCAUCCGCAGACCACCCUCUGUACGGCCACCGGCACCUUCUGGGGAUCGCCGGGCUCAACUAUCCGGACAUCGCAACCCUGCUCGACCGGGCCGACGAAGCCGUCGAUAUCUCGCGCCAGCGCGAAAAGAAGAAGGCCGUGCUGCGCGGGCUGACGCAGAUCAACCUUUUCUUCGAAGCCUCGACACGCACCCAGGCCUCGUUCGAACUGGCCGGCAAGCGGCUCGGCGCCGAUGUGAUGAACAUGGCGGUCGCCUCGUCCUCGGUCAAAAAAGGCGAAACGCUGAUCGACACGGCGAUGACGCUGAACGCCAUGCAUCCGGACAUUCUGGUGAUCCGUCACGGCGCUGCCGGCGCCGCCGCGCUGCUUGCCCGCAAGGUCGGCUGCGCGGUGAUCAAUGCCGGCGACGGCGCGCACGAACAUCCGACCCAGGCGCUGCUCGACGCGCUGACGAUCCGGCGUCACAAGGGGCGGCUCGACGGGCUGACGGUGGCGAUCUGCGGCGACAUCCUGCACAGCCGCGUCGCGCGCUCCAACAUCAUCCUUUUGAACACGAUGGGCGCGCGGGUGCGCGCCGUCGGGCCGUCGACGCUGAUGCCGGCGGGGAUUGCAGAGAUGGGCACCGAACAUCAUGUCCGGCUGGAGGACGGCAUUCGCGACGCCGAUGUCGUCAUGAUGCUGCGCCUUCAGCGCGAGCGCAUGGCCGGCGGGUUCGUGCCGUCCGUGCGCGAAUAUUUCCGCCAUUACGGGCUCGAUGCGGCCAAGCUCGCCCAUGCCAGGCCCGAUUGUCUGGUCAUGCAUCCGGGGCCGAUGAACCGCGGGGUCGAGAUCGCCUCGGAGAUUGCCGACGGGCCGCAGUCGGUGAUCGAGGAACAGGUGGAGAUGGGCGGUGGCGCCAUGACGCCCGCCACGGGAACAUCGGUCUAUGACAAUGCCCGCAUUGUCGAUCCGUCGCGCGGCAUCGACGAGACCGGCACGCUGAUCGUCACCGACGGCGUGAUCGCCGCAUGCGGUGCGGGCGCGCGCAACCAGGGAUUGCCGGACGGUGCGACACGCAUCGACUGCACCGGGCUGACCGUCGUGCCGGGCCUCGUCGACAACCGCGUCCAUAUCGGCGAACCGGGCGGCGAGCAUCGCGAGACGAUUGCGUCGGCCUGCGAAGCGGCGGCGGCGGGCGGUGUCACCUCGAUCGUGAUGAUGCCGGACACGAGCCCGGUCAUCGACGAUGUCGCGCUGGUCGAAUUCGUGCUGCGCACGGCGCGCGAAACCGGCGCCGUGCGUGUCCAUCCGGCGGCGGCGAUCACCAUCGGCCUUGGCGGCGCCGAAAUGACCGAAAUGGGUAAUCUGCGCGGUGCCGGCGCGGUCAUGUUCACCGAGGGCCGCAAGACCAUCGCCAAUGCCGCGGUGAUGCGGCGCGCGAUGACCUAUGCGCGCGAUUUCGACGCGGUGAUCGAUCAUUGCACGCGCGACGCCGAUCUGGCCGGCGCGGGCGUGAUGAAUGAAGGAUUGUUCGCCAGCCUUCUGGGGCUGCCCGGCAUCCCGCGCGAAGCCGAACUCCUGCCGCUCGACCGCGAUCUGCGCCUUGCCCGCCUGACCGGCGCGGCCUAUCAUGCGGCGAAGAUUUCGUGCGCGCCAGCCGCCGACGCAAUCGGCCGGGCCAAGGCCGACGGGCUUGACGUGACGGCCGGGGUGUCGAUCAACCAUCUGACGCUGAACGAGAACGAUAUCGGCGAAUACCGGACCUUCUUCAAACUGUCGCCGCCGCUGCGCCACGAAGACGACCGGCAGGCGAUGAUCGCCGCUCUCAAUGACGGCACGCUCGACACGAUCUGCUCGGACCACGACCCGCAGGAUGUCGACACCAAGCGCCUGCCCUUCGCCGAGGCCGAGGACGGCGCGGUCGGCCUCGAGACGCUGCUCAGCGCGGCGCUGCGCCUGCAUCAUUCGGGCGACGUGCCGCUGCCGCGCCUGAUCGAGGCGAUGAGCACCGCGCCUGCGCGCCGGCUCGGGCUCGAUGCCGGCACGCUGCGCCCGGGUGCGCCGGCGGAUUUCGCCGUCAUCGAUAUCGACGAGCCCUUCGUUCUCGAUGCGGCGCAAUUGCGGUCGCUGUCGAAAAACACCGCCUUCGACGAAGCCCGCCUGACCGGGCGCUCGGUGCGAACCGAUGUGAUGGACACGAUCGGUGAAUUCAGCCUUCUGACCGCUUUGGCUGCGCUUGUCGGCGGAUAUCUGUGCGGCUCGAUCCCGUUCGGCCUGAUUCUGACGCGCCUGGCCGGGCUGGGCGACAUACGAUCGAUCGGCUCGGGCAAUAUCGGCGCGACCAAUGUGCUGCGCACCGGCAACAAGGGCCUUGCCGCGCUGACCCUGCUGCUCGAUGCGCUCAAGGGGCUGGCGCCGGUUCUCAUCGCCAAGGCCUUCGGCACCGAGGCGGCGAUGGCGGCGGGGUUCGGCGCCUUUGUCGGCCAUCUCUACCCCGUCUGGCUGGGCUUUCGCGGCGGCAAGGGCGUUGCGACCUUCGCCGGUAUAUCGCUGGGCUAUUCCUGGAUGGUUCUGUUGCCGUUCGCCGCCGGAUGGCUGCUGACGGCUUUCAUCACGCGUUAUUCGUCGCUGGCCGCGCUUGUCGGCGUCUGCGUGACCACAUUUACUUUGUUCAUCCUUGGCGAAAACAUGCUGGGCUGGCUUUAUGUCGGCCUGACCGCUCUGGUGUUCUUCAAGCAUCGCGCCAAUAUUGCGCGGCUGCGCGAGGGCGUGCCGGAGGACGGCCAGGCCGAUACCGAGCCACAGGCGGUUCGCUUCGUGUUGUCGGACCGGCAGAGGCUGGCAUGGCUGCGCCUUUGGCGCGCGGAAAAUGUCGGGCCGGCCACCUUCCGUGACCUGAUCAACCAUUGCGGGUCGGCCGAACAGGCUCUCGCCAUGCUGCCGGAACUGUCGACGCGCGGUGGGCGCCGGCGCCACCCGCACAUUCCGUCCGAAGAGGAAGCUGCGGCCGAGCUGGAGGCCAUCGCCGCCCAUGGCGCGCGCCUGAUCGGCAUCGGCGAGCCGGACUAUCCGCCGCUCUUGCGUCUUGCCGACCAGGCACCGCCGCUGGUGACCGUGACCGGCGAACCAAGCGUCUUGCAGACGCCGGCUGUCGCCAUCGUCGGGUCGCGCAAUGCAUCGAUGGCCGGGCUGACCAUGGCGCGCCGCCUGGCUUCGGAGCUGGGCGAACAGGGGCACGCCAUCGUCUCGGGCCUUGCCCGCGGCAUUGACGGUGCGGCGCACGAGGCGGCGCUUGCGACGGGAACAAUCGCGGUCCUGGCCGGCGGCCCCGACAAGCCCUACCCGCCCGAGAACGUCGAUCUGCUGGCGCGGAUCGAGCGGGAGGGCAAGGGUUGCUCGAUCACGGAGAUGCCGUUUGGCUGGCAGCCCCGCGCCAAGGACUUUCCACGCCGCAACCGGGUGAUCGCCGGCCUGUCGAUGGCGCUGGUGGUCGUCGAAGCAGCCGCACGGUCCGGCUCGCUGACUUCGGCGCGGCUGGCCGGAGAACUGGGGCGGCUCGUCCUUGCGGUUCCCGGCUCACCGCUCGAUCCGCGUGCACACGGCACCAACACGCUGAUACGCGACGGCGCCACGCUGGUACGGUCGGCCGACGACGUGAUCGAAGCGAUCAGCCCGCUCGAUCCGGCCGCCGAGUUCUACCAGCCGCCGCCAGCGCCCAUGGAGUUGACCGCGAUGAUGGCAUUGCCGCCCGACGACGACGCGCGCGAGAAGGUGCUGGCCCUUUUGGGACCGACCCCGGUGGCCGUCGAUGAACUGAUUGUCGAAGCGGGGCUGGGCGCACCGCAGAUGUUCCUGAUCAUCAUGGAACUGGACCUUGCCGGCCGCAUCGAGCGGCAUUCAGGCAACCGUGCCGUCGGGAGAUACAAAACGCCGCGUCCGCCCUUGACCCGGCGCCUUCAUGCCGCCAUGUCCAUGCCCGCCGCGCCCUGCGCGCUGGCCUCUUUCCGGAAUGGAUCAUCCAUGGAAGUCGUCGUCGUCGAAUCGCCCGCCAAGGCGAAAACCAUCAACAAAUAUCUGGGGUCCGGCUACAAGGUGCUGGCCUCGUUCGGCCAUGUGCGCGACCUGCCGGCCAAGGACGGUUCGGUCAAGCCCGACGAAGACUUCGCCAUGUCAUGGCAGGUCGACACGGCGUCCAACAAGCGGCUCAACGAGAUCGCCGCCGCCGUUAAGUCGGCCGACGGCCUUAUUCUCGCGACCGACCCCGACCGCGAGGGCGAGGCGAUCUCCUGGCACGUGCUGGAAGUGCUCAACAAGAAAAAGGCGAUCAAGGACAAGCCGGUCAAGCGGGUCGUCUUCAACGCGAUCACCAAGGCGGCGGUGCUCGAUGCGAUUGCCAACCCGCGCGAGAUCGACGGGCCGCUGGUCGACGCAUAUCUGGCGCGGCGCGCGCUCGAUUAUCUUGUCGGCUUCACGCUCUCUCCCGUCCUUUGGCGGAAGCUGCCCGGUGCACGCUCCGCCGGGCGGGUGCAGUCGGUGGCGCUGCGUCUUGUCUGCGACCGGGAAACCGAGAUCGAACAGUUCAAGCCCGAGGAAUACUGGUCGAUCCUGGCCAAUCUCAAGACGGCGGCCGAUGCGCCGUUCGUUGCCCGCCUGACCGGGUUCGACGGCGAAAAGCUGACCAAGAUGGGCGUGCGCGACGGCGAAACGGCGAACACCAUAAAGGCCAUGCUCGAGGCAUCGGCCUUCUCGGUCACAUCGGUCGAGGCCAAGCCCGUCCGCCGCAACCCGCCGCCGCCCUUCACCACCUCGACGCUGCAGCAGGCAGCCUCGGCAAAGCUCGGCUUUGCGCCGGCGCGAACCAUGCAGAUCGCCCAGAAACUCUAUGAGGGCGUCGAUUUGGGCAGCGAAACGGCGGGCCUGAUCACCUAUAUGCGGACCGACGGCGUGCAGAUGGCGCCAGAAGCCAUCGAUGGCGCCCGCGCGGCGAUCGGCAGCCGGUUCGGCGGCGAAUUCGUGCCCGACAAGCCCCGGCACUAUUCCUCCAAGGCAAAGAACGCGCAGGAAGCACACGAGGCAGUGCGGCCGACCGAUUUCGACCGCGCGCCGGACGACAUUCGCAGCACGCUGACGGACGAGCAGUUCAAGCUUUACGAUCUGAUCUGGAAGCGCGGCAUCGCCAGCCAGAUGGAGUCGGCGCGGCUGGAACGGACCACCGUCGAGAUCACCGCGGCAGGCGAUGGCAAGCAGGCGCAACUGCGCGCGACCGGUUCGGUGGUCCAGUUCGAGGGCUUCUUUGCCGCCUAUACAGAGCACAAGGACGAUUCAAAGCGCGCCGACGACGACAAUGGCGACGACGACAAGCGCCUGCCCGCCAUGCGGCAGGGCGAGGCUUGCGCACGCGACUCGAUCGAGGCGACCCAGCACUUCACCGAGCCGCCGCCGCGCUAUUCGGAGGCCUCGCUGAUCAAGAAGAUGGAAGAGAUCGGCAUCGGCCGGCCGUCCACCUAUUCGGCGACCGUCUCGACCCUGAAGGACCGUGAUUAUGUGCGGCUUGAAAAGCGCGCAUUGGUGCCUGAACCCAAGGGACGGCUCGUCACGGCGUUCCUGCAGGAUUUCUUCGAGCGCUAUGUCGAGUUCGAUUUCACCGCUUCGCUGGAAGAGAAGCUCGACCUGAUCUCCGACGGCAAGCUGGCCUGGAAGGACGUGUUGCGCGAUUUCUGGCGCGAGUUCUCGGCCCAUGUGGAUGAGACCAGGGAAUUGCGCAUCACCGACGUGCUCGACGCGCUCAACGAGCGGCUCGAACCGCUCGUCUUCCCGGCGCGCGAGGACGGAUCGGACCCGCGCAUCUGCCCCAAAUGCGGGACCGGCAAACUCAGCCUGAAGCUCGGCAAGUUCGGCUCGUUCGUCGGUUGCUCAAACUAUCCCGAAUGCAGUUUCACGCGCCAGCUCGGCCAGGAAGGCAAUGGCGAUGCCGACGCGUUCGCCGACGGGCCGAAAGUGCUCGGCAAGGACCCGUUCACCGAAGAGGACAUCACGCUGCGCACCGGCCGGUUCGGGCCUUACGUCCAGCGCGGCGAAGGCAAGGAGGCCAAGCGCUCCAGCCUGCCCAAGGGCUGGAAGCCCGAAGAGAUCGAUCAUGAAAAGGCGCUGGCGCUGCUGGCUCUGCCACGCGAUGUCGGCGCGCAUCCCGAAACGGGCAAGAUGAUCUCGGCCGGCAUCGGACGCUACGGCCCGUUCGUCCUGCAUGACGGGACCUAUGCCAACCUCGAAAGCGUCGAGGACGUCUUCACGAUCGGGCUGAACCAUGCCGUCACCGUGAUCGCCGAAAAAGCCGCCAAGGGCGGCGGGCGCGGACGGUCGGCCCCGGCAGCGUUGAAUGAACUGGGAGAACACCCUGAAGUGGGCGGGCCGAUCACCGUGCAUGACGGGCGCUAUGGCCCUUACGUGAAGCACGGCAAGAUCAAUGCGACGAUCCCCAAGGGCACCGAUCCGAUGAGCGUCGAUUUGGCGAAGGCCGUCGAACUGAUCGCCGCGCGCGCCGAAAAGGCGGGCAAGAAGGUGGCCGGCCCGUCGGGCGCCAAGAAGAAGACCGCGGCCAAAAAGAAGCCGGCGCCGAAGAAGAAACCCGCCGGCAAGGCCAAGACCGCCGCCUCGGCGGCUGCAGAUGCGAUCGCCGCCUUCAUCCGCGACAAUCCGCAAAAGGCGACCAAGCGCGACAUUGCCCGCGCGUUCGGCCUGAAAGGCGACGCGCGCGUGGCGCUGAAACAUGUGCUGCGCGAACUGGAAGAGGAAGGGCUCGUCGAAAAACGCGGCAAGCGCCUUGCGGCGCCCGGCACCCUGCCCCCGGUGAUGGUGCUCGAAGUGACCGGCCGCGACGCCGAUGGCGGGCUGAUCGCGCGGCCGGCCGAAUGGGACGAGGAACGCGGCGCGCUGCCGCUCGUGACCAUCUCUGCGCCGAAAAAGGGCCGCGCGAAGAUCAUCCUGCCGGGCGUCGGCGACCGCGUGCUGACGCGGAUCGGCGAACAGGCCGGCGACGGCAGCUAUCAGGGCCGCGUCAUCAAGCGCCUCGAAAGGAAGAAGGCAGCGAUCCUCGGCGUCGUGCGCCGCACCGACAAGGGCGGCUACCGGAUCGAGCCGACCGAGCGCAAGCAAAACGAACUGGAAAUCGACAAGGCCGACCUGGGCGACGCCAGGCCCGGCGAUCUGGUCGAGGUCUCGGAGACGCGCUCCGGCCGGCAUGGCCUCGCCAAGGGGAAGGUGCUCGAGGUGAUCGGCUCGCUGAAAAGCGAGAAGGCGGUGUCGAUGAUCGCCAUUCAUGCGCACGGCAUCCCGCAUAUCUUCCCCGAAGAAGUGCUGGCCGAAGCCGAGGCGGCGAAACGGCCCGGGAUCGAGCCGCCGCGCGAGGACUGGCGCGACGUGCCGCUGAUCACGAUCGACCCGGCAACGGCCAAGGAUCAUGACGAUGCGGUGCACGGCAUGCCGGACGACGAUCCGUCCAAUCCGGGCGGCCAUAUCGUCACCGUGGCCAUCGCCGAUGUCGCCCAUUUCGUCCGGCCCGGCUCGGCGCUCGACCGGGAAGCGCAAAAGCGCGGCAACUCGGUCUAUUUCCCCGACCGCGUCGUGCCGAUGCUGCCCGAGCGCAUCUCCAACGAUCUGUGCUCAUUGCGGGAGAAGGAAGACCGGCCGGCCAUGGCCGUGCGCAUGGUGUUCGACGCCUCGGGACACAAGAAGUCCCACUCCUUCCACCGCAUCAUGAUGCGGAGCCACGCCAAACUCUCCUACGAACAGGCGCAGCAGGCCAUCGACGGCGCGCCGGACGCCAUCGCCAAACCGGUCCUGGACACGAUCCUCAAACCGCUCUGGGCCGCCUAUGCGUGCCUGCUGAAAGGCAGGCGAAACCGCGAGCCGCUCGAACUGGACAUUCCCGAACGCAAGAUCCUUUUGGCCGAGGACGGCACGGUCGACAAGGUGGUGGUCCCGCCCCGGCUCGAUGCGCACAAGCUGAUCGAAGAGUGCAUGAUCCAGGCCAAUGUCGCGGCCGCAGAAACGCUGGAAAAGAAGAAGCAGGCGCUGGUCUUCCGCAUCCAUGACGCGCCUGCGCUCGCCAAGCAGGAGGCGCUGCGCGAGUUCCUCAAGACGCUCGACAUUCCGCUGGCCCGCGGCGCGCAAUUGCGGCCGUCCGCCUUCAACGCGAUCCUUUCGCGGGUCGAGGACACCGAUCAUUCGCCGCUGGUGCAUGGCGUGGUGCUGCGCUCGCAGAGCCAGGCGGAAUAUUCGCCAGACAAUAUCGGCCAUUUCGGCCUGAACCUGGAACGCUAUGCCCAUUUCACCUCACCAAUCCGGCGCUAUGCGGACCUGAUCGUGCACCGCGCGCUGAUCGGGGCGUUGGGCCUUGGCGAUGGCGGCGACGAACUGCCCGAAAUGGAGAUCGACCGGCUGCGCGAGAUCGCCGGCCUUAUCUCGUCGGCCGAGCGCCGCGCGGUCAGUGCGGAGCGCGACACGGUCGACCGGCUGAUCGCCGAACAUCUGGCCGACCGUGUCGGCGACACGUUCGAUGCGCGCGUCUCCGGCAUGGCGGGCGCGGGCCUCUUCGUCACCCUUGACGGGCUCGGCGCGGACGGGUUCAUUCCCGCCUCGAAACUGGGCGAGGACUAUUAUCGCCAUGACGAGGCGCUGCACGCCAUGGUCGGCGAACGCACCGGCGCCGGCUACCGGUUGGGCGAUCCCGUCGAGGUGCGGCUGGCCGAAGUGCAGGCGAUGGCGGGCGCGAUCCGCUUUGACAUGGAGAGCGAACCGCCGGCAACCGGGGCCGCAGACGCCGAUAGGAGCUUCGGACACCAGAUGAGCCAGACGAUGGACACGCACAUUUUCGGCGGCACCGGACACGAGCCGCGGCGGCCGCUGUGGCGCGCCAUCGGGCGCGGCCUCAAAUCCCGCUGCCCGCAAUGCGGCGAGGGCGCGCUGUUUGCUUCCUAUGCCAAAUCCGUCGAUGCGUGUUCGACCUGCGGCGAGGCCAUGCAUCAUCAUCGCGCCGACGAUCUGCCCGCCUAUCUGAACGUCUUCAUCGUCGGCCAUGUCGUCGUUGCGGGCUUUCUGAUGGUCGAACGGGUCACCGACUGGCCUUCCUGGCUGCAUUUUGCGGUCUGGAUUCCCCUCACCCUGAUCCUGGCGUUCGCGCUGAUCCCGCCGAUCAAGGGUGCGGUGAUCGGCCUCCAAUGGGCCAACCGGAUGCACGGAUUCGGCGGCACCGAGGCACGCAUGUCCGGCCGUCCCCACCUUCGUCCGCGCAACGCCGCUUCGCUGCUUCUGGCGGACCUUUCGGAUGGCGCACCGGCGUUCUUGAUGGGCGAGCGAUCGGGCGGACACGUCUUCAUGGCGCACAACCGUGUCUUUCCGGGCGGACGGGUGGAAAAGGCCGACAGCCAUUUACCCGUUCCGCCGGUCGUCCCCGAUGCCGACAUGGCCUGGCUUCGCAACGAACUGGGCACCGGCGCGAGCGACAGCCGCGCCACCGCCUUUGCCGCCUGCGCGAUGCGCGAGACCGGGGAGGAAACCGGUCUUGUUCUUGAAAGCAGGGCCCUUUUGACGCCGCUGCGCUACAUUGCGCGGGCGAUCACGCCGCCCGGCCAGGUGCGCCGCUACGACACCCGCUUCUUCCUCGCCGUCGUCGACCGCGGCCAGGUGCGGUUCGAAGGAACAGACGGCGAACUGUCGGCGAUCGGCUGGUACCGCGCCGACACGGAUCACGGUGAACGGCUGCAUGCGAUCACAGCCGAAGUGAUGCGCAUCGCGACCGCGCGGCUGGCCGACGAUCCGCCGCUCGCAACCGAUCCGCCGGUGCCGUGUUACCGGGUGCGCAACGGCCGGCGCAUCAUCGAAUAUCCGGCGACCGGCUGGUUCCCCUGCGCAUCGACCAUGGCCAAGGCCACAACCAUCAAGAUCAAGCUGCAAUCGACAGCCGAUACGGGCUUUUACUACGUGACCAAGAAGAACAGCCGCACCAUGACCGAGAAGAUGGUCAAGCGGAAGUACGACCCGGUCGCCAAAAAGCACGUCGAGUUCAAGGAAGCCAAGAUCAAGUAA